AUGCACUCGAGACCAAGACUUGAAGAGCUCACCGCAACUGAUUAUGCUGUCAAGGCCAUUCCUUACGCCAUCAACUUCAAGCCGUAUCAUAUGGAGACCUGCUGGCCAGUUUUUCCAGUCAGUAUGUGCGUCACCCACUUUUGCGAGCUCUCCAUUUCUUGCCUCGCCAGAUUUUCACUUGAGGGUGAUUUGCGAUUCUUCCUGUUUGCAGCAAUGACACUGUUCGUGCGGCAGAUGCAUGUCAGCUUAGCAGUUGACAAACGACGCCGUGAGAUUCAGGUGGCGGUCUUCAUGUUCUUGCAGAUCUUCUUUUACGCGCUUCGCCCGACCUUCGUAAAACCGUCCCUUGUUGUGGGAGACGUGUGGAUGGUAGUCAACUACAUCAUUCAGUUUUCGUUUGACGGCUUGAUGGUGUACCUCUUCGGUCCGAAGGUAAUGAUCUGGUUUUUGGGCUCCAGUUUCCUUGCAGGGUCGAUUCAUCCGACGGCUGGCCAUUUUAUCGCAGAGCACUACGUGAUGGAAGGCGAGACGGAGACAUAUUCCUACUACGGACCUUUGAACAUGUUGACGUACAAUGUCGGCUACCACAACGAGCAUCACGACUUCCCCAAUGUUGCAUGGGGCAACCUUCCCAAGGUCCGCGACAUGGCGCCCGAAUUCUAUGACAAUCUUCCGAGGUGCAAUUCCUGGUUGGGCACACUGCUCAGAUACAUCUUCGAUGACACUAUCUCGCCGUACAGCCGGGUCAAACGAGACGUCAAAAAGAAAGCGUCCACGACUUACCUCCGGAAAAUUUCGGGGUCAAGAAAGACUUAG